CAUCUGUUCUGACUCCUCAGGGACGAGUCUGUGCUCCUGCCUGGGAACAGGUUGAAAAGUCCCACCAAGAUGUCCUUCCAGCAGAACCAGCAGCAGUGCCAGCCCCCUCCCAAGUGCCCCCCAAAAUGCUCACCCAAGUGUCCUCCAAAGUGCCCGCCCCAGUGCCCAGCCCCGUGUCCCCCUCCAGUCUCCUCCUGCUGUGGCCCCAGCUCUGGGGGCUGCUGCAGCUCUGGGGGUGGCGGCUGCUGCCUGAGCCACCACAGGCCCCGUCUCUUCCACCGGCAGCGCAGGCACCAGAGCUCCGACUGCUGUGAGUAUGAGCCCUCGGGGGGCUCUGGCUGCUGCGGUGGCUCUGGGGGCUGCUGCUGACCGGGAGACUGGGCAUCACGAAGCAAUCCUAAGGGGAAACCUCAAGGCAAGGACCUGCUCUAGAGUUGCUUCUCCUACUCCCUCUUCUCUUUGUGGAACUGAUGGAGCCUAUGAAAUGACCUGUUUGUUCUCAUCACCCAAGUGUCCAUCCUGGAUCCUGAUCUUCCUUCCUCUUCUCCCUCAUACAACAAUAAAGCUCUGUUGCCUACUUAA